GACAAAGAAGGUGUGUUCUGUUUUGGCUACUGACUGAGUGGAGGAAUUUGCAAGCACAAGCAACAGAGCCACGAGAAUCUGCUGAAUAUCAAAGAUGUACCUUCAUCCACGAAAACCAAAGCCGAAAGAAGUGGCUAUACCCAGGGUCGUAGCCGACGUUCCCGCAAUUGAAGGUCCUGUGGAGGAACACAAAUUAUCAUCGGGAGGUUGGCAUACCGUGGCUUUUAUGCUGGUGAAUUGUGCCCUCGGAGCUGGUGUGCUGCACUAUCCAGCUGCGUAUGACGAGGCCGGCGGCCUUUUGAUCGGUACAGCCGUGCAAGCGGUGAUAAUUUUCAUCCUGGGUCCAACGGCCCUUGCUCUGGCCUACUGUUCGGAUGCUCACGGUGACAACACGUACCACGAGGUCCUGGAGUCUUGCUGUGGGACGAGAGCCCGGAAUGUGUCCGCCUGGUCCGUUCUUGUCUCCUACUUCGGUAUCUGCAUCGCUCUACUUGUAAUUAUCGGCGACCUUACGGACCGCAUAUUUGCUUCCGCGUAUGGAGCGCAAUUUUGCCACGAAUGGUACAUGUCUCGCCACUUCACCAUCGUCACCACGGCUAUAGUCUUCAUCUUGCCGCUGUGCCUUAUGAAAAACGUAACACUCCUGCAGCGUGCCAGCAAAGUGGGGGUCGUCGCCAUGCUUUAUCCUGUCUUCUUGACAGUCUACUCUUUUUAUACCAUUGAACGCCCAGAAGAUCUUCAUCUGCGUACGGAGCCGGAUUCCAUCAUAGACUUUGUGGUCAAUAUUCCUGUCUUUUGCUUCGCAUAUCAGAUGCACGAGAUGUCAGUGCCAGUGUACGCUGGUAUGGAGAAACGCGGAAUAGUUGGUUUCGCCAAGGCUCUGACCGUAGCACUCGCGUUUCUCUUCAUGGCAUACGUUACCGUCGGCUGCUUCGGAUAUGCCACGUACGGACACACCGUGAAGCCCAAUAUCAUGCAGAUGUUCAAUGCCUCUGAUCCCAUCGUGCUCUUCGGCAUCGUGGCCCUCAUGAUCAAGAUGGUUGUCACAUACCCACUCAUUGUGUUCUUUGGAAGGGAAGAGCUCGAAAGUAUGUAUAUCAGGUAUUACAAUCUCUCUCCCGAGGAAGCAAGUAAGGGAGAACGGAAGCGAACCUUCGUCGCCAUGGCCAUCUGGUUGCUGGUUCCCACAUUGCUGGCUAUAUCACCCAUUGACCUUGGAAUCGCCUUGAAGUUCUUGGGUUGCCUCUCAAUGUUUAAUGUAUACAUCUUCCCAGGUUUAUGCUUGGUGGGUGUCGUACGUAAGAAACCCGGCUACCUGCCCCGGGAGCGGUUGAUGCAGUUCCUGGGGUGCGUCGUCAUCAUCUUUGGCCUGCUGCUAUCUGGCACGGUCCUUGUACGGACUAUCUUGCAUCAUAUUCCAAAGAGCGGGGCCAGCCAUAAGUGUAGCUGACCAGGCAGCGGUUCAUCUUACUCAGCGUCAAUGCUGAAGCCCAUCCUACUAAUAGAGGCACCUCUACCACACGAAUGAUGCAAAUACAGAGCCUUUUUUACACUUCC